GUGUCUCGUGCAAAACUUCUCGAAAUCUCGUAGUGGACCAAGCAGCUCCUUCCUCCGAUUUUUUAUUCAAUAUUUCCCUCAAAAAAUUUUUAUUCAAUUUUUUUUCUAAGGCAAGAUAUACAACCGGCCCUUCUGUAUUUUCCCCUUCUGCUCUCAACUCUCGAAUUAGCCUUUCUAAUUCGAAUGCAAAAACCUUUGUCUCCUUCAAAGAGGAACAAUUUUUUAAAUUGGCUAAUUUCAUAUGGAGCUCCCGCACUCGCAUUUGUUUAUCCCCAUAAUAAUCCUUUAAUAAUCUCAGAGCCUCCAAAUAACUGGCAGUGUCUAAUUUAAAACCGGACACGAGCUCCUUCGCUUCUCCUUCCAAGAGGGAGCGGAGGAGUGUAAACUUCUCUACAUUCGUGCCUACUGCUCUUUCCACUGCACAGUUAAAGGACUCAAUAAAUUCAGGCCACUCUCUCCGCUCACCAGAGAACCUCUUAAUUUUUAAAGUGGGGAGCUGGUAUAGGUUGGAACCUAACCUUGGGAUUGUAUUCGGAUCAGUCGGGCCCUGGCCUCCGGCGGCAGCUAACUCACGACGGUGCUCGAGCUCUUCCUCUCUCCUCUCUUUCUCGGCCUCCACCGUCACCAAUUGAAGUUGGAGAUUGACCUUUCGGGCUAACUUGCGCAUUUCCCUCGUUUGAACUUCAAAAUGCUCAAUAGUAUGCUCGAUGUGGUGUUUAUCGUUAAAGACCGCGUAAUCCUGAUUCCCCAUCUCUCUUUCAUCCGAGGGAAGUUUCCUGAGCAAGUCGGUCCAAGAAGUCAGAGCGAGCUUCACUUCAUUAACGAUGAGCUCUUGCGUUCUGAUUUCGGCAGCCAGCUCCCUGCUCAGACUUUCGUAUUUAAUUAA